ACCAUGAUAAGGCUUGAUAGCGAUAGGGAAGAAGUAUUGAUCCUCCCCCAGCUCGAUGCUGGCGCUGGAUUACCAAGAAUUGGAAGUACGUGUUUCUCCCCUUCCCCUUCAUCUUCGUCUCUCUGUGUGCGCCAGCAAUUUCAAUCCUUCUGCAAUUCAGUCCAAGAAUCGAAAGCAACCAUUCGACUGAUAUAGUGUUUCAGUCUUUCUCUGCAAUGGGGUGUACUGUAAGAGAAAAACACAUCAGAACCAACAGAAGACCCCGAUCCGCAAAACCCGGUAUCGAUCACACCAAUGUUUCAAACCCAGCAUCAGGCUCGAAGAUAAUACUCGAAUCGGGUCUCAAACCGUUGAAUUACCAUCUAGGUAUCAAUGAUUCCUCACAAAACCCUAAUCCUAACCCUAAUUUUGACGAUAGUGGUUGGGGUUAUUGUACCGAAGAACAGUUAGAAGAAAUACUGUCAAAGAACUUAGAGUUUUUAUACAAUGAAGCCAUGUCUAAGCUUGUGGCUUUGGGGUAUGAUGAAGAUGUUGCUCUAAACGCGAUACUUCGGAACGGCCAUUGCUAUGGCGGCAUGGACGUAUUGUCGAACAUAUUGCAUAACUCUUUAGCUUACUUGAACAGUAGCUGUGGGGGUGGUACUGUGUAUUCAGAGGAAUCCGACGCCCCGUUUACGGAUUUGAAGCAGUUGGAGGAGUAUUCAUUAGCGAGUAUGGUGUGUUUGUUACAACAACUGCGCCCGCAUUUGACUAAAGGCGAUGCCAUGUGGUGUCUCCUCAUGAGUGAUCUUCAUGUAGGUCGUGCUUGUGCUAUCGAAAUUCCUGUUUUUCAUUCUCCGUGCAACGUAUGUGGUUCAGCACCUGGUAAUGUUGAGAAUGUGAGCAAUAAUCCUGUUGGGGUCACUCCGGGUCUUUGUAAGUUUCAUAGCGGUUGGGGAUUUGGAAGUGAUGGUUCUGAAUUUCUGGUUAAUGGAUUCUCUUCAAAUGUGUCGGAUGUGACAUUGCAAAGAGAUAUUGAAUGCCCAAAGAGGUUUAAUCUUACGCCUUCGAUGGAGUCUUUGUUGAAGAGGAAUGUUGCAAUUUUUGCUGCUGGGUUUCGAGCAAACUCAAAGCAGAUGCAGAUGCAGAUGCAGAUGCAACCACAGGCUUGUCCCAGCUCUUUGUUGAGUGGGGAAUCCUCAAUGGGAAUUGUGUCAGGGGCUGCAGGGCCAGUUGAGCAGAGUGAGGAGUCUAGGAAUGCAAAGAACGAAGAUGUAGUGAACUUGGUGUUGAGUAAAUUUCAUGACUUGAACCUCGAUGAGAAUUUUGAGUGUGCGAUGGAAGAUCAAAAGGAUGAGAUGCUUCUGAAUUUGAUCCAUCAGAUUAAGGAUCUUGAGAAGCAGGUGAAGGAGCGAAAAGAUUGGGCCCAUCAAAGGGCAAUGCAAGCGGCAAGGAAGCUUAGUAGUGAUCUCACAGAGCUUAAAAUGUUGAGAAUGGAAAGAGAUGAGACACAACAGCUAAAGAAAGGGAAGCAGACUCUUGAAGACACAACAAUGAAGAGGCUUUCAGAGAUGGAGAAUGCUCUAAGGAAGGCAAGCAGUCAGGUAGACCGUGCGAAUGCAGCUGUGAGACAGCUUGAGAUUGAGAAUGCAGAAAUUAGAGCUGAGAUAGAGGCUUCUAAGUUAAGUGCAUCUGAGUCGGUAACGACCUGUUUGGAGGUUGCAAAGAGGGAGAAAAGAUGUCUGAAGAGGCUUUUGGCUUGGGAGAAACAGAAAACUAUGAUACAGGAGGGGAUUACAUACGAAAAGCAGAAGAUUUCUGAGAUGCAAGAGCUGUCUGGGCAGAUUGAGCUGGCUCAGAAAGAAGCUCAGGUAAAGUGGAGGCAGGAGUUGAAAGCUAAAGAGCUAGCCAUAGCACAAGUGGAGGAAGAAAGACGGUUCAAGGAAGCUGCUGAGGCUAGUAACAAAAGAAAGCAUGAGACUUUGCGGCUAAAGAUUGAGUUAGACUUCCAACGCCAGAAGGAUGAUCUCCAGAGAUUUGAGCAGGAGCUUUCACGUCUUAAAGCACCUGUGCAAUGCAACAACCCUUAUGGUUUUCAUCAUCCAUCAAAUACUUUAACAUCAGGAAACUCUGAGGAAGCAAGACCCCACGGAGAAACAAUUGCUAGGCUGCUUCAUGAACUGGAGAAAUGUUCAGACAAAGAAGUCCACUGUGAUCGUGAAUGCCUAAUUUGUAUGAAAGAUGAAGUUUCUGUUGUUUUCCUGCCGUGUGCACACCAAGUCCUGUGUGCCAAAUGCAGUGAGAACUAUGGAAAGAAGGGUAAAGCUACUUGUCCCUGUUGCCGGGUUCAGAUCGAACAGAGGAUACAUGUUUUUGGAGCAAGUUCAUAGUAGUUCUGGCUGAGAAAUAUAAUUGUUCGAAAUAUCAUUGUUCCAUAAGGCAUGUUCUUGUAUACUGAAAGCUCUGAAUUUCCUGACAUUUCCUUAUUUUAAGCAUGACAUGGGUAUGCCAUCAUAUCUAAAUGUACAUAAAUAAGAUUAUAAACAUGGGUACAGGCUUCUGCUUCAACUUAAAGUUACUACACUGUAUAUUUAAGUGACUGCACUGCAUAUUAUUUCAAUAUUGACAUUAGCUCUUGGGAGCAGACAUGGAUUAAAUGGUUCUGCCAAAUGUUUAUAAUUGAACUUGUUUAUGUUCUUGUAA